AUGGAGAUAAGCGAAGUUUAUAUUACUUAUGGCCCGUCGAAGCAAGUAAAGCAGCAAGUACGGAAGCUUCCUAAAUGCAAUGCAACUGAACAAAUAUCGCUUGAAUUUGCUGAAAAGAUUCCGGUGGGUUCGGCAGAUCUGACAAUGAAGUAUAGCGCUCAAAUCAGUGAAACUCUGAACGGAUAUUGCUAUGAUACAUGGGAAGAUGACAACGGCGUUGAACACAGCUAUGCUUUCACUCACUUUCAGCCGCACAAGGCGAGAAAGGCCUUUCCUUGUUGGGAUGAAAUACAUAGGAAAGCAACAUUUAAUAUCACGAUGAUAUCUCAUCACAAAACAGUCAAUCUGAGUAACAUGAUUGAAUCAGGGGAUGACACAUAUGAUGGCGACUGGAAGAUCACCAAAUUUGAGACGACAGAAAAGAUGUCUACGUAUAUUGUAGCGUUUGCAAAUGGGCACUUCAAAUAUGCUGAGGCCAGGUCGGUUCCUCACUUAUAUAAGGAAGGUGACUUUGCUCUAAAGGUGAUGAAUAAAGUGUUGCCACACUACGAGAAAAUGUUUAAACUCAAUUAUCCGCUGCGUAAACUGGAUACUCUUAUUGUCCAUAACAUGGAUAAUCAAGGUGCUAUGGAAAACUGGGGUCUAAUUAUUGGCCAAGCCACUGCAUUUUGUCUUGAUGAUCCAGCGGCGUGGAAUACUAGUUUAGGAAGGGAAAUCGCACUGGCAAUGUGCCAUGAGGUAUCUCAUAUGUGGUUUGGAAACCUCGUGUUUGGUGGGAUAAUUUGUAUCUCAAUGAAGGGUUCGCAACUCUGGUUGGCGAAGUCUUCGCCAUUGAGAAGUGAGAACGCCAAUACUAUCCUCAGCGUUCGUUGGCCUAAUGCUGGUCGUAGACUCCGUGGUUCGUCGGUGGUAGACUCCAAGUGGAUCGCUCGCAACACAUUCAUUACAGACCAUCUUGAAGUUGCACUAACUACGGAUGCGAAGAUCUCCUCGCAUGCGAUUGAGCAAUAUUGUCCCGAUGAAGAAACUGCUAUCCAGCGUUACGACGCUUUGUCAUACCAAAAGGGAGCUGCUGUGUUGUUGAUGCUUCACGACUAUGUUGGAGAUAGUAUCUUUUUCGAAGGCGUUAAAAAGUACUUAAAGGAUCAUUGUUACUCGAAUGCGAAAAGUGAUGAUCUUUGGAAUGCAAUAAACAUCAUCUGGAAGAAAUCAGAGGACGGCAAAGAAACGAAAACAACGAUUUCCGAGCUAAUGAAAAACUGGGUCAUCAAGACAGGGUUUCCGUAUAUUGAGGUGAUAGAGGAUUCAAGGAAUCCUAAGUACGUUGGCCUCCGCCAAAGACGGUUUUUGGCCGGAAAGGCGAUUAGUGAAAGCAUCGAUAACACAAUCUGGCAAAUUCCGUUGAAAAUCCGAAUUAUUGCCAGUAGUAAUGCCAAGGAACCUGUCUCUCUGCGAACAGUGGUUACUGAUGAAGCAGCCACAAUAAAGCUAGACACAAACAAGCAAUAUAUACUUAGUUCCGGAUUCUAUCGAGUCCAUUACAACUCAGACCGCCUAGAGAAGAUAGCCUCUGAUUCUGGGAUUACUACUGCAGAGCGCAUUAAAUUACUCAAUGAUGCCUUUGCUCUAGCAGCUGCAGGAAUUAGUAAUAUAAAGAAUACAAGUGCGCUCUUUGGUUCUGCAACUAACGGUCCUGCAGAUGAUUUGUGGAAAUGCAUCGACUCAAAGCUUUCCAGCUUGAUUGGCAUAUGUUCCCAUGGUGUCAUAAUGAGAAAGAUGCUUGAGGAGUUUUUCCAGUCGCUCUAUCCCUCUUUCGAAAGCUGGACCCGCAAGGAUUUUGCAUCCAGCCUAUUAAAGUCCACUCUAAUUUGCGGAGCAGCAUCCUUCAAUGAACCAAUAGCUAUAAAGAAGCUGCAAGACAUCUUUGCAGAACGCGAGAGACACAGAAUACCAAAAGACAUAGAAGCAGCAGUAUACAAAACAGUUGUCAAACACGGUGAAGAUACUGGUUUAAUUUCGAGAACGCUUUGGAUGGUAUUCGGCACGACAAGCAGGGCCGAAGUCAAAAAUGAAAUUCAAAAUCGCGACGUGUUUUGGUUCAUUGAUGGACUUGCAAGGAACCCGGUUGCACGGCAAAUCGUAGCCAAAAGAUUCAUGGAAAGAUUCGCCGAGAUUUACGAAGACUUCAAGGGAACCGAAGCUCUGCCUUGGCUUGCUGCAUUUAGACAGUUUUCCGAACGCAAAGACGUGGAAUCUAUCAAAGCCUGGGAAAGAAGCCUUAGCCCGCAGGUGCUUAGCUCGUUCAGAAGCGCUCUGAAACUGACAACGGAUACAAUACACGAUAGAGCAAAACAAUACGAGAACAUCAGGGAUGACGUGAGGAGUUUUUGUGAGAGGAAUUCCGCAAGUGAAGUGCCUAGCGUCACCCAGUCUGCUCAUCAGACGACCCGCACGGAAGGAAAGAAGAGAGCCUCAACUUCAAGUAGCCAUGUUCCAAAAGCUACGCGUACCAGUAUGAAACGGGCACCCGUGGCAGGAACAGGCCGCCAUACUGACAAACGACAUUCACACCAUUCCAAGCGAGAAUCAGACGCUCAGAGUCAGACGGUGACGCGCGAUCGUUAA